GAACGUCUUGCUCCAUGGGGUGACCCGUUUGUGUGCGCGUUUUUACCCCUUAGACCGGGGGCAGCGGUGCGGCGCGUCUCCCCGUCACCUCGGGGCCACCGCGCAGUGUGCCCCCCUCCCCCACCGCGAGUUCUCGGGCCCGGCACCUUGUACGGAAGGCCGAGGUCCAAGUCAGUUGUUGCCGUCCGCUCUUGUUCCCGUUGUAACACAAUUCUCGCAGCUUGCUCCCCCUCACCCCCAGGCCUUCCAGGGCACCGCAGAACCGUACCAUUUGCUCCCUGUUAGUUGGAAAGCAUCUGGUGGCUUGAAUUUCUGACUCAUAUGAUUGUUGCUGGAGUCCUGUAAACAAACCGGCACCAGCGCUAUCACAUUCUCCCCGGGAUUUCCCCCUGCUCUGUGGCUUCUUGUUGAGAGGUUUGCUUACGGGUUAGCGUCGGAAGGAUUCAGGUUUUCCUUUUAGGUGGCUUUUCUACGUGUCGGUGGAGCCGGGAGAUCACUUCCCUGGUUCAUUUUAUUCCUGUUAACUGGCCCUUCAGUGAAUCAACAGACCUAUUUUCUCAGGAGCUCAGCCUGGCCCUACUUCAGUGAUAAAGAAGGAAAGAAAAAUUAAGCUUCGUGUCGAUGGGACUCGAUUAGAUGUGUGGUGCACAUGCGCGCAUACUGAGGGCUCGUGGUGGAACUUGCUGCCCAUCGCGGUUCGCGAGCAGCGUUGAGAGCAGUGCUGGAGCGCAUCCUGCUGCGGGACUUCUCACCCGGAAUUCUGCUUAGGCUGGCCACUAUAAACAUCAUUCAAGAUGUCCAACAAAGGGAGCAGCGCAGAUGGCAAAACAGACUUAGCCAAUGGAAGCUUGUCUAGCAGUCCGGAGGAGAUGUCUGGCGCUGAGGAGGGCCGGGAGACAUCCUCAGGCAUUGAAGUGGAGGCCUCGGACCUGAGCUUAAGCCUGACCGGGGAUGAUGGUGGCCCCAAUCGCACCAGCACAGGAAGUCGGGGCACAGAUACAGAGAGCUCGGGGGAAGACAAGGACUCCGACAGCAUGGAGGACACUGGCCAUUACUCCAUCAACGAUGAAAACCAGGUCCAUGACCGAUCAGAGGAAGAAGAGGAAGAGGAGGAGGAGGAGGAGGAGCGUCCUAGGCGUCGGGUCCAGCGGAAGCGGGCCAGCCGGGACCAGGACUCGUCAGAUGAUGAGCGGGCCCUGGAGGACUGGGUGUCUUCGGAGACGUCCGCCCUGCCGCGCCCUCGCUGGCAAGCCCUCCCUGCUCUGCGGGAGCGGGAGCUGGGCUCCAGCGCCCGCUUCGUGUAUGAGGCUUGUGGGGCAAGAGUCUUUGUGCAGCGUUUCCGCCUGCAGCACGGGCUGGAGGGCCAUACUGGCUGUGUCAACACCCUGCACUUUAACCAGCGCGGCACCUGGCUGGCCAGUGGCAGCGAUGACCUGAAGGUGGUGGUUUGGGACUGGGUGCGGCGGCAGCCGGUACUGGACUUCGAGAGCGGCCACAAGAGCAACGUCUUCCAGGCCAAGUUCCUUCCCAACAGCGGUGAUUCCACCCUGGCCAUGUGUGCCCGCGAUGGGCAGGUGCGGGUAGCAGAGCUGUCUGCCACGCAGUGUUGCAAGAACACAAAGCGUGUGGCCCAGCACAAGGGAGCGUCCCACAAGUUGGCCCUGGAACCGGACUCUCCCUGUACGUUCCUAUCUGCAGGUGAAGAUGCGGUUGUCUUCACCAUUGACCUCAGACAAGACCGGCCAGCUUCGAAACUGGUGGUGACAAAAGAAAAGGAGAAGAAAGUGGGGCUGUAUACGAUCUAUGUGAACCCUGCCAAUACCCACCAGUUUGCGGUGGGUGGACGAGAUCAGUUUGUAAGGAUUUACGACCAGCGAAAAAUCGAUGAGAACGAGAACAAUGGCGUGCUCAAGAAAUUCUGUCCUCAUCACCUGGUGAACAGUGAGUCCAAAGCAAACAUCACCUGUCUUGUGUACAGCCACGACGGCACAGAGCUCCUGGCCAGCUACAACGACGAAGACAUUUACCUCUUCAACUCCGCUCACAGCGAUGGGGCCCAGUACGUGAAGAGAUACAAGGGCCACCGGAAUAACGCCACAGUAAAAGGCGUCAAUUUCUAUGGCCCCAAGAGUGAGUUUGUGGUGAGCGGCAGUGACUGCGGGCACAUCUUCCUCUGGGAGAAGUCAUCGUGCCAGAUCGUCCAGUUCAUGGAGGGGGACAAGGGAGGCGUGGUGAACUGUCUCGAGCCCCACCCUCACCUGCCUGUGCUAGCAACCAGUGGCCUUGACCACGAUGUCAAGAUCUGGGCACCCACAGCUGAAACUUCCACCGAGCUGACAGGGCUGAAGGACGUGAUAAAGAAGAACAAGCGGGAGCGCGAUGAAGACAGCUUGCACCACACCGACCUGUUUGACAGCCACAUGCUCUGGUUCCUCAUGCACCACCUGAGACAGAGACGCCACCACCGGCGCUGGCGAGAGCCCGGGGUUGGGGCCCCAGAUGCCGACUCCGAGGAGUCUCCCAGCUCCUCAGACACAUCAGACGAGGACGAGGGCCCCGACCGUGUGCAGUGCAUGCCGUCCUGAGGCCUUGUCGCCAGGAGGGGCGGGCUGGGGCUGCUGGCCCGAUCCUGCCUGGACAGCCCUUUCCUGUGCCAGGCCCUUCCAUUCAGCAGACACGCACUUUGGACUUUUUGCUUUAGAUAAAAAAGAAAGACAUCCCAGGAGAAAGACCAGAGGGGGAGCGAACCCGCGGAGUAGCUAAGAGUGGGAGCCACGCCCCGGGAUGGGCUCCGUGGAGAGGUGCACAGGGCUCAGCAGAAAUGGCCUCUCCCCAAAGCCUUGUUUUUUGGGAGGGGGGAGCCUAUUUUGUUAACUGGUUUGGGGUAGGGAAUGGGGUUUCCUUUUCUUUAAUCUCCCUUGUUUCUGGGGUGGGGGGGUGGGGAUAACGGGCUGUUCAGUACCCAUGGGCCAGAGUGGGGGUGGUAGGAGUGCCACUCUCUCUCUGGUUUAGGUUUUUGGCCUUUUUCUUCUUUAUUUUUUAAAAGUCUGUGACAGUUGCAUUUCCCCCCCCCCCCCGAACAACCCCAACCCAGGAUCUUGUUUUUUCUGGGGAGUCCUUAGAGCCCCUAACCACCCCACACUCUUCACUUUCCUUCCCACCCGUUCACCCUCUGUACUUCCCGCAGUGUUUCACACUUGAAGAUAAUGUGUCGAUCACGCUCUUCUCUUAAUCCCGUCACCCCUAACUUGGUCUGGUGAGGGGGGCUGGGGGAAGCGGGAGGAGGGGCGGAAGUGGAGGAAGGAUAGAAGGACGUGUUACCUCUUCUGUUACUUUUAAAACAAAGUUGUUUGGUGGCAGCAAUCUCUUUGCCCUGUCACUGUUAGAGGCCUAAUUUUAUAUCUAUAAAUAUAUUAAAAAGCAAGUCAAACUUGGAUGUAUCACGUUAAAAUUAUUUUCAGUUUAAAUACCUACAUAUUCUGACCGCAAUAAAGGGACUGAAAAGAGAGCGCAGAAGUAACGAUGUCGCGGUCGCACUGGGGUCAGCCCACCCUGUGUGUGUGGCCAGUGGAGAUCAGGGCGAACCCCUUAGGUUCUUAGAGGCUCCAGAAUGGAAGGAGCCUCAAUUUGGCACUUCCUUGCCUCCUGCCACGGUUUUGGGGUUGGGAAAACAGGAAUUUCCUUUCAGUUCUUUGCCUCAGCUCGCCUACCUCUCCUCCUGUUCUGUGGGGUCCCCAGGAUGGCUCUCCCAACCAGAGGCUGGCCUGUCUUUAAAACUUGACUGAACUCGGGACUUCGGAAAGGGUGCUGUCGCUGCGGACUGUCCUACGUCCGUGACAGAGGACACGUUCAUGCUAGUGUCAGCUGCUUCGUUCUUUAAGCCGCCCACCUCCCCCCAGCAGCUCCCUUCCUAGGGGAAGAGCAUUGUCGCCAGAGCCCUCCUGGGCUGACCUUUACAGCCUGUCCACCUCUUGAGACCUUGCGGUCAAGGGACACGUUGAGGGUGCAGGCCGCUGGGGCUUGGACACGUGUCUCGUCGCCGGUCACGGCUCUGAAAGUCGCAGUUGCGUUCCCGCCUGUUGCUUGUGCUGCUAUCUCUCUGCGCCCCAUCCCGGAGCUCUGCACCCCGGGGCGGUGCGCUUCUACUAGAACUGGCCGGGAAGGAAGGGAACAGCAAAAGCAUGGAAUUCCCAGACACUCCUUCCUCCCGUCCCUUUUCUUAGCAACUGUCAGACCAGAUGUGAGUGCCGCACUGCCACCCUGAGGUAGGCGACGUGUGGCCACAGUGGUCUGCGUUCCCACGGCUGCUGGCGUGAGGGAAUGGCCUAAAAACCAUGCACUCUGGAAUUUGUGUAUUUUCUCUCAGUAAAGCUGUUUUUUUUUUUUUCUUUCUGA